UCCGCCUUUUGCUGCACCAUCCAUCUUUCCCCCCUCCUAUCCAUCAGCGAUGGUUCCUUCCAUCUCGCCUGCAGCCACAAAUGGCGCAUCCUCCUCCACCUUGUCGACGCAACGUACCCUCCGCGUCCUCCUUGUCCGGCAUGGGGAGACGGACCAUAAUGUGCAGGGUAUAAUUCAAGGGCAGCUAGACACACCACUCAAUGCUAGAGGAAGAGCGCAGGCUGCUUUGCUUGGCGAGGCAUUGAAAGGGGAGGAGAUCGAUGUCGUCUAUUCGAGCCCAUUGCAAAGGGCUGCUGAUACGGCAAUCGCAAUCACCCACGCUCGUCGGGAGACGCACCAUCUCCCUGUCCACCCUGACGACCGACUCAAAGAACGUGCCUUUGGCUCACUAGAAGGACGAAGCUACAAAGGAGGGAAACGUGAUUCCAUCCCCGGCAUAGAGCAGAGCUCUACCCUCGCUGAGAGGCUGGCCGAUUUUUGGCGAGACCUUGUUACUAAGCAUGCCCGAGAGGAGACCACCAAGGAGAUAACGACGGCGUGUAUUGUGGCGCAUGGAGCUUCGUUGUCAUCGUUGCUGGGCUGUUUGACUGAGUAUUCCGCGCUGGAGGAAGGGGUUAAGCCGAGCAGGUUGUGGAACUGUUCGGUCACUGAGCUCUUGGUGCCACUGAGCGCGCAGUCGUCGUCGUCGUCGUCGUCGGCAGCAGAGGUUCAGGCGUCGCACCUCUUGGACGACGUCAAGGCUCUGGAAGACGCAAAGGUGCAAGGAGACGAGGCUACAAUCGCAAAGGCGCAGCUGGCUCGUGAUGAGGCUUAUAGGACGAGGGCGAAAAGUGCUGGCAUUGUAAUUGUGAGAUGGGCAGACGUUACCCAUCUCGAGGACGAGCCUAUUGGAGCACCGAGAGCAAAGGGAGCGCCGGAAGCUUCAGCGACAAAGACGGGCGUGAGCAAGGUGGCUAAUGCGGAUGAGGUCAAUGCCUAGAGGAGCAGAGGGAGACCUAGAGUAGACGUAGACGUAGACGUAGACGAUACCAUGCCCCCGUGUUUUUCUCGUUACAAUAGACGAUUUUUCAUUUCAUUCACACACUGAGU